UUCUUUUCAUUGGGAUUCAAAUUCUUCUUUUAUCUUUUGAACUCCAAGUACUCUAUAUUAAUGAACUGCUUUGUUCCUAUCCAUUAAUGUCUACUUCUUCUACGUAAUGGAGUUUCCUUCAUUUCUGAAUAGAACCGAUAGUUUUGGAUGUGGGUUCUUCAUUUUUGGCUGUUCCUCUCAGAUUUUCAAUCUCGUCUUUCUCUUUUGCUUGCUUGUUGUAGGACUCAAGUUUCUUCUUUUCAAGGGCCCUUCGUUAUUUGUGCAGUAUAUAGAGAAGAAAUAUCGAAUUUCUCCCGAUCGAGAACAUACGGAUUGCAACAAUGGGUUCGUUUCAAAAUCUUACUUGGUGGAUGCGUUGGAUCAGAAGAAACCCAUCAUUUUACACUGGAGUUCUGAUUGUACUAAUGGAUUGAGCUUGAGACAGAAGAUGAAAAAGAGCUGUGAGAUAUGUGAUCAUCUUCUUCUACGUGAUGAGCUUGAUGAUCUCAGCAAGAACAGAGACACUACUGCAGCGUUAUCGGAAAGAGAGCUCGAGCAGGAAAGCGAGGAGGAAGAAUCACGGUCUCCGAGUGAUAGUGAAGACCAGGUGUUCGACGUUAUUACUCUAAAGAAAAUGGUGAAGAGAGAGAGGAAACGUGGAGAUUUUAUGAAGAUAGAGCUGGAGAAGGAGAGAAGAGCGGCUGAAUCAGCUGCUGAAGAAGCCAUGGCUAUGCUUCUGAAGCUUCGGAUGGAGAAGAGCGUGGUGGAGAUGGAGGCGAAACAUUACAAGAGAGUUGCAGAGCAAAAGCAAGUCUAUGAUCAAGAAGUGAUUCAAUCGUUACAGUGGAUGUUGACGAUGAAGCUUGAUGACGAAGAGAAGAUUCAAGACUAACUCUUGAUCCUCUGUAAAAAUAAAUUAACAAAAAUAAAAGAUGUAUCCGCUUUCUUCGGUUAUGCCGAACCAGAAAAUAACGGUUUGAAACUAAACCAAAAAUUUAAUUUUUAGACAAGUCUACUUACGUGGCAGGUGACUAUUGGAUGUAUGACAACGA